AUAUAUAUAUAUAACCAUAUAUACUCUUUCACACUUAUAUCAUCUUCUUGUUCUUGUUCAUCAUGGGCUCCUCCUUUGAUAGAUCCAAGAAGAGAAUUCAACUAUGGAAGAAAGCUCUUCUCCAAUUCUCUCUUUGCUUUGUCAUGGGCUUCUUCUCCGGCUUCGCUCCGACCACCACUACCUCCUCCUUCUUCUCCUCCUCUUCCACCUCCACCUCCUCCUCCAUCUCCUUCCAAUCCCCUCAACCCAUUCUCUCCAACACCACCAUCACCACCAACUUACUCUCUCCUCCAUCCUUAACCUCCACACAACCCUCUCUUGAUCUCCAAAUUGAAACUGAAGACUCUGAAGACUCUGAAGACAUGACUGAAGACUUUCAAGACUUUCAAGACUCUCAAGACUCUCAAGACUCUCAAGACUCUCAACAACCUGAAGAACCACAAGAGUACUCUAUCAUUCCAAACAAGUUAUUAAUCAUAGUGACAACCACAUCAUCAAGAGAUCCAAUCAGAGAAGUUAAGUUGAGAAGACUUUCUCACACUUUGAGUUUGGUGGAUCCUCCAUUGCUUUGGAUUGUUGUUGAAGAUCAUUUACAGGCACCAAAGACUUCAGAGAAUUUGAGGAAAACUGGAGUGAUGUAUAGACACUUGACAGUGAAGGAAAAUUUCACUGAUUCAUCAAGUGAAGCUGAUUUCCAGAGAAACUUGGCCUUGAAUCAUAUUGAACAUCAUCGUCUCAAUGGGAUUGUUCACUUUGCUUCUCUUUCCAAUGUUUAUGAUCUUCAGUUCUUUCAGGAAAUCAGAGAUAUUGAGGUGUUUGGAACAUGGCCAGUGGCAAUGUUGGGUGCAAAUAGGAAACGUGUGUUGGUGGAAGGACCAAUUUGUAAUUCUUUACAAGUUGUAGGGUGGAGAAAGAAAGAUUUACAGCAAGGGUAGCAGUGCAACAUCUUAUUAUUAUUCAAGGAUUCAAGAGCUUAUUAAUAAUAAUAACAAUAAUAAUAUUAUUAUUAAUAAAGAAUUACAAGAGAUAAAUAUCUCCGGCUUUGCUUUUCAAUAGCUCCAUUUUAUGGGAUCCUGAGCGAUGGGGCCGUUCAUCUUCUGUUCCUCGUAAUUCACAGGACUCAAUCAAAUUUGUGCAACAAGUAGCUCUUGAAGAUGAGACAAAAUUGAGAGCCAUUCCAAGUGAUUGCUCAAAGAUCAUGUUGUGGGAAUUUCCAUGUCCCAAGAAAUCUCACAUUUUAUCAAACCCAAAC